UGUGGCCCGUGCACGGCUUCCGGUGGCGGGACGCGGGGCCGCGCACGCGGGAAAAGCUUCCCCGGUGUCCCCCCCAUCCCCCGCCCCCCCCCGCGUCCCCCCAGUGCGCCCACCUCCUGCGCCGGGGCCCUAGCGAGGCUGCAGCCUGAAGAGAUUCCCAACCUGCUGAGCUUCCGCCCACCCACUCAGGAGCUGGGGCCCAGCCCCCAGUUUACUCGGUUUCCCUUGUGCAGCCCGGGGCUCUGCCCAGGCCACCACGGGCAGGGGUCGACAUGGCAGAGACACUGGAGUUCAACGACAUCUAUCAGGAGGUGAAAGGCUCCAUGAAUGAUGGUCGACUGAGGUUGAGCCGCCAGGGCAUCAUCUUCAAGAACAGCAAGACGGGCAAAGUGGACAACAUCCAGGCUGGGGAGUUAACGGAAGGCAUCUGGCGCCGUGUUGCUCUGGGCCAUGGACUUAAACUGCUUACAAAGAAUGGCCAUGUCUACAAGUAUGAUGGCUUCCGAGAAUCGGAGUUUGAGAAACUCUCUGAUUUCUUCAAAACUCACUAUCGCCUUGAGCUAAUGGAGAAGGACCUUUGUGUGAAGGGCUGGAACUGGGGGACGGUGAAAUUUGGUGGGCAGCUGCUUUCCUUUGACAUUGGUGAGCAGCCAGUCUUUGAAAUACCCCUCAGCAACGUGUCCCAGUGCACCACUGGCAAGAAUGAGGUGACACUGGAAUUCCACCAAAACGAUGACGCAGAGGUGUCUCUCAUGGAGGUGCGCUUCUACGUCCCUCCCACCCAGGAGGAUGGUGUGGACCCCGUUGAGGCCUUUGCCCAGAAUGUGUUGUCGAAGGCGGAUGUAAUCCAGGCCACGGGAGAUGCCAUCUGCAUCUUCCGGGAGCUGCAGUGUCUGACUCCUCGAGGUCGUUACGACAUUCGGAUCUACCCCACCUUUCUGCACCUGCAUGGCAAGACCUUUGACUACAAGAUCCCCUACACCACAGUACUGCGUCUGUUUUUGUUACCCCACAAGGACCAGCGACAGAUGUUCUUUGUGAUCAGCCUGGACCCCCCAAUCAAGCAAGGCCAGACUCGCUACCACUUCCUCAUCCUCCUCUUCUCCAAGGACGAGGACAUUUCGUUGACUCUGAACAUGAACGAGGAAGAAGUGGAGAAGCGCUUUGAGGGUCGCCUCACCAAGAACAUGUCAGGAUCCCUCUAUGAGAUGGUCAGCCGGGUCAUGAAAGCGCUGGUGAACCGCAAGAUCACAGUGCCAGGCAACUUCCAAGGGCACUCAGGGGCCCAGUGCAUUACCUGUUCCUACAAGGCGAGCUCAGGACUGCUCUACCCGCUGGAGCGGGGCUUCAUCUACGUCCACAAGCCACCUGUACACAUCCGCUUCGACGAGAUCUCCUUUGUCAACUUUGCUCGUGGUACCACUACGACUCGUUCCUUUGACUUUGAAAUUGAGACCAAGCAGGGCACUCAGUAUACCUUCAGCAGCAUUGAGAGGGAGGAGUAUGGGAAACUGUUUGAUUUUGUCAACGCGAAAAAACUCAACAUCAAGAACCGAGGAUUGAAAGAGGGCAUGAACCCAAGCUACGAUGAAUAUGCCGACUCUGAUGAGGACCAGCAUGAUGCCUACUUGGAGAGGAUGAAGGAGGAAGGCAAGAUCCGGGAGGAGAAUGCCAAUGACAGCAGCGAUGACUCGGGAGAAGAAACCGAUGAGUCAUUCAACCCAGGUGAAGAGGAGGAAGAUGUGGCAGAGGAGUUUGACAGCAAUGCCUCAGCCAGCUCCUCCAGUAAUGAGGGCGACAGUGACCGGGAUGAGAAGAAGCGGAAACAGCUCAAAAAGGCCAAGAUGGCCAAGGACCGCAAGAGCCGCAAGAAGCCUGUGGAGGUGAAGAAGGGCAAAGACCCCAAUGCCCCGAAGAGGCCCAUGUCUGCAUACAUGCUAUGGCUCAAUGCCAGCCGAGAGAAGAUCAAGUCAGACCAUCCUGGCAUCAGCAUCACAGAUCUUUCCAAGAAGGCAGGCGAGAUCUGGAAGGGAAUGUCCAAAGAGAAGAAAGAGGAGUGGGAUCGCAAGGCUGAGGAUGCCAGGAGGGAAUAUGAAAAAGCCAUGAAAGAAUAUGAAGGGGGCCGAGGCGAGUCUUCUAAGAGGGACAAGUCAAAGAAGAAGAAGAAAGUAAAGGUAAAGAUGGAAAAGAAAUCCACGCCCUCUAGGGGCUCAUCAUCCAAGUCAUCCUCAAGGCAGCUAAGCGAGAGCUUCAAGAGCAAAGAGUUUGUGUCUAGUGAUGAGAGCUCUUCGGGAGAGAACAAGAGCAAAAAGAAGAGGAGGAGGAGCGAGGACUCUGAAGAAGAAGAACUAGCCAGUACUCCCCCCAGCUCAGAGGACUCGGCGUCAGCAUCCGAUGAGUAGAAACGGAGGAAGGUUCUCUUUGCGCUUGCCUUCUCACACCCCCAGACUCCCUACAUUUUGGUACCCGUUUCUCCUCAUGAAAUGUAGUCCCUGGAUUCUGUGCCAUCUGAACAUGCUCUCCUGCUGGUGUGUAUGUCACUAGGGCCGUGGGGAGACUUCUUAACUCUGCUGCUUCCCAAGGAUGGCUGUUUAUAAUUUGGGGAGAGAGAGGCUGGGAGGCAGGGCAAUGCAGGAUCAAAAUCCUCAUCUUACUUUCCCGACCUUAAUUAAGGAUGUAGCUGCUGCUGGUCCUGUUCAAGUUGCUGGAGCGGGGGUCAUGUGAGGCCAGGCCUGUAGCUCCUACCUGGGGCCUAUUUCUACUUUUAUUUUGUAUUUCUGGUCUGUGAAAAUGAUUUAAUAAAGGGAACUGACUUUGGAAA